GAUAUGUUGGCAGCGGCGAGGGUGGGCGAUGCGGACCUCGCGCUGCCGAUCGAGCGGGGCUUCCCUCUGGUGGGCGAGCUGCCGGCAUCGUGCGGCGCGGGGCGGGUGGCGACGGCGAAUUUCCGUGACCUUGCGUCGCUCCGCCGCGAAGCGCCGCGUCUGAAUGAUGGCGCGGUCCGCUGGGUCGCGGGCGAGCGCCCCCACGACGGGAAAUUGCGGCGCGAGUGUCGGCGCGAAGCAAACGAGGGGGCGCGCGGAGAGGGGCGUUUCCUGGCGAUCUUGAUUAAUGAUUGCACGGCGCCUACGGAGCGAAUUUUGAUGGUGACUCUCGAUGUGCUCGCCGACUUGGCGCGGGCUCUGCGGGGCCAGGGGCCCUUGAGGCUCCACAGGAAGGACUUCGUGCGAGCGUCCAAGGCACCGCCGCUGGCACAGACUGCCCCUUGCAUGGCGGACUUCGAGGGCCUGGCAGGUUGUGAUUUGGAGUUGGUCGGGCCCGCCUUGAAGCGGGCGCCCGGCCUGGCGGGCCAACCCGCGGCGUGCGUGGCGAUGCGUCCGCGCCUUGAGGAGGUGCGGGCCGCGCUGCGUGAGCUGGCCCAGGCCGGGGAGAAGGAGUGUCCGCCGUUUCCGAUGCGGCUGGCCUGCUUCCUCAGGCUGCGCGCCCUUCGGAAGGGGGGUGAGGCGCUGUUUGCCGCGGGAUUGGAUAGCUAA